GGCAUAGAUUUUGGUAGGCUAAGAACACACAAUACAAUCAGCUGAAACCAACCUAACCUCUGUGUUUUGUUGUGUCUCAUUCAAAUUUCCAAUUUCCAAUCUUUCUUUCUUUCCUCAUAAUAAUAUUUUUCUUUUCUAUUCUUAAAUCCUAUCUUCACAACCAUUUCUUUUUCUCUUGCUUUUUCUCUCUCAAUAGAAAAACCUCACGUUUUUUGGCUACCUCAAUUUUUUAUUAUAGCCCUUUUUGUUUUCUCAAUCAAGAAUCACUUUGAAGAGGUUUAGGGUUUUCAACUUUGAUCCUAACGCCUCUUGGUUAAUAUUAUUCUCAAUUUUGCAAUAAUUUCGCCAUGUCAAAGAGGGUUCUUUGUAAGUUCUUUGCUCAUGGAGCGUGUCUGAAAGGGGAGCAUUGUGAAUUUUCUCAUGACUGGAAAGCCCCUCCAAAUAAUAUAUGCACAUUUUAUCAGAAAGGAGUUUGUGCUUAUGGUAGUCGCUGCAGGUAUGAUCAUGUCAAAGCUUCUCGAGCACAGUCCUCUACUCCAUCUUCUUCAAUAACCGAACACCAGCCCCUUGUUUCAGAAUCGGCUGUACUUGGUAAUACCCGAGUUACAUCGAAUGGUGUUGCUACAGCUGCAGAAUUUUCUCUUUUCAGCACUCCCUUUGUUCUUCCCAGUGAACAAGCCUGGAAUCAAGAAUCUGCGCAACUUGACUUCCUAAGGGAAGAUGAUGUUGUUCAAUCGGUAAUUACUUCACCUUCUGAGCUUCCGAUUUGUUCAUUUGCUGCUGCUGGAAACUGUCCACGAGGGGAACAAUGUCCUCAUGUACACGGAGAUUUAUGCCCCUCAUGUGGAAGACAAUGCUUGCAUCCUUUCCGGCCUGAAGAAAGAGAAGAACAUAUGAUGAGUUGCAGAAAUAAGCAAAAGCAUCUCGAGGCAUUGAAAAGAAGUCAAGAAAUUGAAUGCAGUGUUUGCCUUGAGCGUGUUCUUUCAAAGCCUACGGCAGCUGAGCGUAAGUUUGGUCUGCUAUCUGAAUGCGAUCAUCCGUUCUGCGUAUCGUGUAUUAGAAAUUGGCGUAGUAGUAACCCAACAUUAGGGAUGGAUGUUAAUAGCACAUUGCGGGCUUGUCCUAUCUGUCGCAAGCUAUCUUACUUUGUCGUUCCAAGUGUUAUUUGGUAUGCUACAAGUGAAGAAAAAAUGGAAAUCAUUGAUACCUACAAGGCAAAGCUCAAGUCAAUUGACUGCAAGCAUUUUGACUUUGGCGAAGGAAACUGCCCUUUCGGUACCAGCUGCUUCUACAAGCAUGCAUAUCGUGAUGGCCGUCUUGAGGAGGUAGCUUUGCGUCAUCUUGGGGCUGCAGAUGGCGACACCAUAAUUGCCAAAGACAUCAGGUUGUCGGAUUUCCUUGCUAACAUGCAUUUAAGUUGAAGGUCGGUGUUCACAUUUUGUGAUGAUACUUGCAUAAAAAAUGGAAUGCUUCUAUAUGAAAAGUUAUAUUUAUAUUGCAAGUGAAGCUCCUCUUCAAUUUUUAUGUUUCAAAGGUACCAAAGAAAAAGGUGCACUGUGCAUUCCAUCCUGUAAUAAAAGUGCAAAUUGUAAAAUGGUAGAUGGACAUAUAUAUGCUUUUGUACAAUGGAAUAAUUUCCAAUAAGCUCCAAUUUUUUGAAGCAUACAAAAUGAAUGGAUUGAUGAUUGGUAUAAUAAACUACAGUGUACACCAUUUUGGUCAUCUGAGGGGAGGGGCUUUGAAAACAUUUACUUAUGUAUGGUGGAUUUCAAAAUUAUGUAUGGUGUAAAAAUAAUUAGGUUUUUGUGUUACUUAAGAUUAAGAUAUAGUUGUUUAUUUUGUAAACUUAAUUUUCAUGCUUGGUGACAUUGCACCAAGAGCCUUGGGAACAUGAAUGAUCAACAAUGUAUGAAUUUUGUUUAUUAUUUACAGGAAUUUGUCAGGAGACAUUUGGGGUUUA